CCAAUGUACAUCCAUCUGCUCGUAUACUGCAUCAGCCGACACGGGUUUGUGUGAGCGUCACAGAUUUUUUUUUUCUUCUUCUUCCUCUUCUUUCCUCACCUUCCCCUUUCUCGAUUUUUUUUGUUCCAGUAGAGCAUCUCUCUCCUUCUGCUUUCUCUCUCCCCCCUCUCUUGCUCUCGCUCUCUUCUCUUCUCUUCUCUCUCUCUUUCUCUCUCUACACCGCCCACUCCACUCACCGCCGCCUCGCCGGCUUCUUCUUCGCCUGCCUCACCACAUCGCCCGCUGCCCCCUUUUCUGCAUUUUUUUUAAAGGAGAAGGAGAGAAAGCACAUUUCAGGGACCAAAAAAAGAGAGAUACACAAGAAAAAAGCACCAAACAAACUGGGAGAAAAGAGAUCACCAUGGCGAGCACCGAGGAUAAACCGGCCAACAAGGAGAACACGUCCAGCUGGAAGGACUCCUUUUACAACCCGAGGACCGGGGAGGUGCUGGGUCGCACGGCCAGCAGCUGGGGUAAGAAUCCCCCCCGAUUUAUUCAGCAUUCAGUUACCAGAUUUGCUUUGACAUUCACGCUCCUGUCAUCUAAUAUGGCGCCUCCCAUUUACCAUCAUCAGUGGUUUUUAGAUGUGUCCCUCUUGAAGCAAAAAACCUACUUCAAAUUUCUGUGCAUGAAUGGAUUACAGUGACAGCUAUAUGGAUAUUGUUUCAGUGAAGGAGCCAUCAUUGGCCUACAUGAAGGUGUAGAGGAGAAGCCUGUACCAAGAGGAAGAUGAAUGAUGCUAGGAAAGGUGUGCUCCACUGUCUUUGCUGCAAAGGCAGAAAGACUCAUCCAGGUGAUCUCUAAUGAAACAGCAGGGAUUGAUUCUAAGCCAUAUUUAUCACCUGAAUAAAUAGGAUUAUCAAGAUUAUAACAGAGGAGACUCGAGCUGAUGAAAAGCUCCCAUUACUUAAUCAUCCAUGAGGAGUGCGCUUCAGCAUUCCUGAGGUGAAUCUAUGGCUCAACAUGUCAUACAUUAUUUUAUGUAAUGAUUCUCCGGUCACUUCCACAUUGAGGUAGUAACACAACACCUACCCUCCCUCCAGCAGCAGGCUCCUAUAGGCUCGCGCAGUGCUGUCGGGCUGCUUGGGCCCCUGUGCUGCUGUGCAGUGGGAUGCUCCAUUGCAGUUGCAUGGCCGCCCACAUUAGCAUGCCUGUCAAGGUCAAAUGGGAUUCCCCUCUCUCCUCUUUCUCUCUCUUUCACGCACUAGGCAGGUGCAUUGUGGGAUACUGUUGGGGGGGAAUGAGAGAAAGGGGGAAUGUACAGCAGGAAGCUGAGGGGUCCAUCUCUUUUUUUUCACCCCCCCCUCCUUGUCAACUUAGAGGGCAUCUGUGGUGUGCAGGCUGGAUGGUGAACCAUUUUGAGUCAGAUGUUUGCUAAACUGUGGCUCUGUCUCCUCUCUCUCCCUUGAAUUCAAUGAAAUAGGCUGUAGAAGCGUUGUGCAUGAUAUCGCAUCGCUGAAUCUGGUGUGAUUUGAGUGAAAAAUAGGCUCAGCUCUGUUAGCAGCGAGUAGCAUUUCCCCUUCAUCCAAAAUGGUUUCUCUAUUACGGAUUGGACAUUCAGAUGACAGUUUUCUUCAGAGGAAAUCAAAAGGCUUUUGUUCCAGGUUGUGUGGAAAAGAUGUAGUUAAUUAUACAUGACCCAUUUUUAUGUCCCUUUUCUCCUCAUUAUGUCUCCUCUCUCUCUUUCUAUUCCAUUUCCUCUAACUUCCUCCAGCCCUCAUCCUGCUCUUCUACUUGGUUUUCUACUGUUUCCUGGCUGGUAUGUUUGCCCUCACCAUGUGGGUCCUCCUGCUCACUCUAGAUGACAACGUGCCAAGGUACCGAGACCGCGUUCCCAGUCCAGGUUAGUGUCUCUCCAGACUCAGAAAAAGAGGCAGGAGAACAAGGAGCUUUCAGCUGCAAUAAAUUCUCUUUCAGACAUUCAUUAUUCAUACUCACACCAAUGUGCUGCUGUCACAAUAAUGUGCAACAUAACAGCUGCUUUUUGUAUCGAUCUAUUUUGAAAUUCUCUUCCUGUGUGACAUAGGCAGCCAGGAAUGUUUUCUCUCCGGCUGUAAUUCGAGACAAACUCCAAUGCUGGAUGUGCAUUAGUUUCUCCUGUUUGGAUUGUUUGCAGCACUAUUCGAUGUUUACAUCGUUUUUUUGUGCUUCUGUCAGGGUUGGUGAUACGUCCAAACUCCCUGGACAUCCAUUUUAACAAGUCAGACCCACAGAAGUAUCUUCAGUAUGUCCAACACCUGGAGUCCUUCCUGCAGAGUAAGUGUCUUUCCUCCCUGAUGAAGAGAUAAAUGCAUAUUAAAACAGAUUCUGCUCUCCUUUCCUGGAUCUCCUUUCCUAUGAGUCAUUCCAUUUAUCCGAAAACAUGCUCUUAUUCUCAGGGUAUAAUGACACAGAGCAGGAGAAGAACCUUGACUGCCCCCGAGGAGACUAUUUCAUGCAGGAUGACACAGAGGACGAAGCCAAGAAAGCUUGUCGCUUCAAGAGGGGCUCUUUGAGUCUCUGCUCCGGCCUCUCUGACACCAACUUUGGCUAUUCUGAGGGACGACCCUGCGUGCUGCUCAAAAUGAACAGGGUAACGACAUUUCCACAAAGCCAAACCUUAAAGAAAGAGAAGUACAGAAGGAAACGUUGUCAGCCUUUUAAUCCUCCCUAACAGCUUUUUAUCUCCAUUUCUGACAGCUCCCAAAAUGAGGCAUUAAGUUGAUUCAUUAGCAGCAUUUCACCUUGUAACGAUGCCUAUUCAAAGUCCAUGAUUGCAGGUCUAGGUUACAUCUUUAGCAUGCCAUAAGGGCAACAAGGACUGGUAUGAUGUGGAUCAGAUAUAUGUAUCUGUCCACACUGUUAGACAUCCUGCUGACCUCCUACAGAAAAUAGAAAGAGUCCACAUAGAGCAACAACACAGCAUAUUUCAGGAGCUUGAGUAAUGAUGAACACAUGUAGUAGGUCCUCAUUGAGGAUGGUUCCCUGAGACCCAUGGCACCGCUAAUCUAGCACUAAAAUAUCUGAGAUAUUGGAGAAACACAGUUUAAGCACAUGAACGGUUAAAAAUCCUCCUAACACCCUCUUCUGUUUUUCUCAUCUCCCAGAUUAUUGGCCUGAAGCCCCGCGGAGACCCUUACAUCAACUGCACAGUAAAAGUAAAUAUGUUUUUCCUCUCUGUGAUGUAAUAUAUGUGCGACUUGCCUGUGUGUGUAUUGUGUUUUUCAUUUCCUUCACAAAAAUAGCUGUGGUGAUCAUAACAGUCUCAAUAUUUUCUUUCUGUUGAUUUCAUUUCUUCCUUCUUUUUCUUUGUUUUUGUGUCUGAUUUCUUUCUGCAUGCUGUCACUGACGGCUUUAGGGUAAGAUUAUAUGUAAAUUACCAGGAUGAUAAGGCCAGUAGGAGUCUUAACACACUUUCUAUUAUGUAACAGUUCAUUAUGCAAGUGCCAUUAAACCCAUCUCAGUGCCAUUUUAAAGUCGGUAAUAAUCUAACAGGCAUAAAUUUCAACUACAGAUGUCUCAUAGCAGAUUUUAGGUAGAACACAUCAUGUUUUAUUUAAACCUCUUUGCUAACAACCUAGGGUCAUUAAUUUUCCUUUUUUGUGUCCUGUCUCAUGUGAUCCUGAAAAAGAUGGUCUUAACUGCAGCUAAACUAACAAAAUAAAUUGCUUUUUAUUUUUUUAAAACUCCCAUUUACUAACAUAUUUCCCCUUUUUGCAGAGAGAAAACCCAAUUCAAAUGAUAUAUUACCCCAGUGAAGGGCGCAUUGAUAAAAUGUACUUCCCCUACUACGGCAAGAAAGCCCAUGUAAGUAAUUUUCCACUACCCAGCUUGCACUUGCUGAUGUCCUGGCGUAAAUGUUUGAUUGACAUGCAUCUAUUUCUUCGCUGCAGGAGGAUUAUGUGCAGCCCCUGGUGGCCGUGAAGCUGCUGCUCACCAAGGAGGACUACAACAAGGAGCUGCCGAUAGAGUGCAGGGUAGAGGGCUCUGACCUCCGCAACAACGACGAGAGGGACAAGUUCCUCGGCCGUGUCACCUUCAGGAUCAAGGUGGUCGAUUAAAGAGAGGAGAAAGCCAAUAAAAGGGAGAACCCCAAUGCAGAGGCUGCCAAUGUUUGCUAAGGAUUUGUGUUUAAAAUUUGAAAUAAAGGGAAGAAAGCGUCAAAUAAGUCACAAAGGUGGCAUUUUUAGUGAAGUAUGGAUUAGCAGUGUGAUGCAAAUGAGUCCAGAGCCAGGUAGAUACAGAUAUUGAAUGUUGCUUUGUGGACAUUUCUGACCUUUCUUUCCUUCAUGAUUCCUUGCUGAUCUCCGCAAACAUCCUCAGAACAUCCAUCAAGCUCUGCUCCUCCAUCCAUUUGUCUGCCCUUUCUUUCACCCGUUGCACUGCUCAUUCCUCAUCCUUCUUGUUUUUCAGAAUAGGUGUGAUUAGAUAACUUAUAGCCAUUGCAACCAAGCCAUGGAGCUGUUGUGUAAUUGCAGAUAUAUCAUUUUCUUGUAAAUUUUUUUUUUUUUUUUAGAUCUUUCUGCUUCAGGAAGAGAGUGUUGUUUUCAUCUCUCCACAAUGUUCGAAUGACUGUAUUAUCGCCAGAGUUGAGAGGAUUUUUAUCUUGCUGUAUAGUACAAGUGAGAGGGUAGAACAUUUCCAAACAUAUCUCCAGAGUAUUCACAUUAUCACAUCACAAAGACUUCAUAGGAACGUAUGAACCUUGAUAAUCAAGUAUAGCCACCGUAUCCCUGUAUAUGAAAAUGCCAAUUACAAAGUCCCUUUCUACGUAUAAAUACAUUGUGAUCCUUAUCAUAUUUAGGGAAUUAUAGAUAGAUCUUUGUGUUGUGGCCUGCAUGGCUGCAACAACAGUAUUGUGCCGUUUGUCUUUCUGUCCGUCUGUCUGCAUGUCCGUCUAUUUGUCCGUCUGCCCGUCUUCCUGUUUUUACUCACCUCUCCACAGCAAUAGCUGACAUGUGGGUGAGCCGUCCAGGACUAGAUGAGUUGACUCGCUCCACCUCACGGGGUGCUGCGGAACGAUGGUGGCUGAAGAGACACAUACACACACGCACACACAUACACGCACACAUACACACACAGAAGGUACAGUGUAUAAAAUGCUCUUAAGGCCGAGAGGCGCUGGGGAGGCGUUGCAAAAAUAUAAAGUUCACUGUAACUAUGUACUGUAUAUCUUAUACGUGAUCUGUAUAUCUAUCUGGGUCUCAAAGAUUGUUUGUUAGUUUUCGCUCUUCAGCCUGUUGAUCUGAUUGUCUGCCAAUCUAUUACUCUUCAAUGUAUAUAUAUACACUAUCUACCAUAUUUACUUAAUUCACACUGUAUUUUUGUCACAAAACACAAUGUCUGUGCACUGUAAAGAAAUAAUUUAAGCAAAGAUUUACAGGAAAUUAUCUUAUUCAAAGCUAUGUUUACACAGUCUUAAAAGGAACCCGCAUUUGAAAGAACAACUUGUAACAUCUCUUCAGGGUGCCUUAAGACCUGAUGAAAUAAAUUGUGAAAUAAAAGUGAUUUUGAAGAAAAACAGAUAUUCUUGUGCCUGCUUUGUAAUCGUUUAUGGUGAGGCCUGUGCUGGAGGAAGUUCCUAUAGGCCCUGCACUUAAGAAAAGACAUCAGAGCAAAACUGUAAGAGUCUGGUAUUCAACAUUUAACAUCAGUGCUAAUGCAGCUGCAAAUACACCUUUAGCAUCAGACGUCAAAACACUGUGGUUCUGCAGAAAAACAACAGUGGUGCAGAAAUAUUAUCACACAGUAUGAUACAAUCAUAGCUACAACCAGCUGGAGGGGCUUGGGGUGAACUGUGGGGUCAUUUAUGAUAGGUGAGGUCAAAAAGAUGAAACAAAAGUCCUAAGACACCCAUAAUAAGCACUUUUUCUUUCAAACCUAUUCCCAAAAUCUUUGCCUGUUUUGUGAUCUAUUACACAUACAUCUUUUAGGUAUAAAAGGAAGUCACUCCUAAGGUUCCCUAAUGCAUUAAAGGGACAACACGCUGCUUUUUGUAAAGGGCAGUAAGGAUAAAACACCUUAGAGAUAACAGUUAAAAUCCUAAAAAUGCAAAAAGUGUAUAAUGUUUGUUUGGAUCCACCAUUAGUUACAACAAGAUAUGCAGUAACUAUUUUUUCUGGGGUCCUAAUCUUCUUUUCCUUUGUAUAUUUUGAACUUAUAUACUUGGAGACUUUACACUUACAUAACACUCAUUCUACACUUCAUUCAUACAGUAGCUCUUAUUCUCUAUUGUUUGUUGAAAAACAAACUAAUACAAAAAUAAGAUGAAGAAAGAAAAGUGAAGAGACAAAAAAGAAAAACAGAACUUAUCUUAGGGGUAACAAGAAAACUUAAUCCAUCAGAGCGAGGAGCUGAACUUAACUUCAUUCAUGGCACUCCAUAUGUAAACAAAUACACCUUUAAUUGUUUGUUAAAGCAACUUCUGUAUAUGAGCCUUAAAUGUCAACAGUUAUUUGAAAAUUGGAACUUUAUUAGGGGUUGGUCAUGAUUUCUGUAAAAGUCAUUUAUCAAUUAAAAGAAAAACGUUGAAUGGCUUAUGCAAUCAUUAUCUUAACCAAGGCAGAGCAACAGCAUACAAGCACAUGUAACGUCAGAAAAAAUGCAGCUGAGCAGAAGCUCUAAGUGGCGACUUAGAGAAUCUGGAGUUACCUCACAGUUCAGCACUAAAUAUAAACAGCAUUUGAGUAAUUGGAAAGAUAUAACCAGGGUUCAAUAACCAGGGUUCUGUGGUAUGUUAAACAACUGAGGGAAAGAGUCUGUGCAAAUGCUGGGUAAGAGUGUCAUGGUGAACUUUUAGUGUUAGUGCAACCACAGGAGGGAGCCAGAAACAUCUCAGACAGCCUGAGCAGCUCUUAACAGUGUGGUCCAGACAUAAAGCUGCCCUGGGGCCUGAGGAGGUCAGUGUGGCAUUUUACAUUCCCCUGUCUGCACCCUGAGGUUUUUCUAAGCAGACAAAUCAAUGACAACAAAUCCACAUGAUUGAAUGUGCCAACAGUUUACAUAACAUCAGCUGAGAGCUGUUAGGAAAUGAGCUUAGAGUGUAGCUGCUGCAGAUCCUCGGUCUAUUUCUAAUCUUUUAAAACCACCUGUCAAGCCUGAAGCGAAGCUUUUGGCUUCUUAAUGACCCAGGUAAAAGAUCAUUUGGAUUUGUGUCUGGUGUGUGGCACCAGGUAUUCUUGUCUACAGUCCUGCUAUGUCUCUAAUUAUUUCGACAUUUCCUGAAACACAAAUCUUCGCCCAAUCAUUAUGUGCAUGAAUUCACCUGCAACUGUGCCCAGAAGUCAGAAGACAUCAGGUCAGUGCCAUAAGGAGUCUGAUCAUACCUGACUGCUCUAAUUUCACUUCACCUCCAUCCAACAAUUCCCACAUUGCCCUGAGGCAGCACCUGAAGCAGCAGCUCUGUCCUUCACUGUCAGCAAGUCGCCUGUCCCCAAGUCCUGCUGUAUGUCAGAUAAUCUCUCAGGGUUUAGCUGGAGAACGAAUCCACCUGAGCGUCUUUUUAACUCCUACUGUCCUUGAGUUGCAGCACUGUAAACAAGACACAAGGAGUCACAAGGAGACCAACGAACAUGCACAAAAUAAAAUGCACAAUCGAUAAUUUCAUCCUUCUACUUCUUGAGAUUUGGGAAUGUUGGAGAUGUCAAUGUCAGAAGUGCUUGAAAAUGACAAAUUAGCUAUCUGUGUGUGUGUUUUCACAAACAUUCUGUAAAAAUUUAAACUGAUAAGGCAUUGGUGGUGUCACUUACCGCUUUUCUACAUUCAAGGCCAGUCAUGAGAUUUCUCCAUCAACCCUUUAAUAAAAUAUUUCCAGAAUAUAAAAAGCAAAUUUGUCAAAAUGUGUUAAAAUAAAUUCUUUCAGAUUAAGAUUACAGCUAUUUUCUGUCUCAACUUGUCACUUAGCUGUAACAUUGAGAUGCUUCAAAACCCAGAGGGGGAUUUGAAGCUGAUUUAAGUAAAGACGGUGCAAGGAUAACAUUGGUUAUCGCCUUAUCAGCUAAGGGUUGGACUUGCUAAUUUGCGGCUGCCUGGAGCACAGCCUGGCUGUAGUCAGCAUCCUGAAAAGGAUUAAUACAGCCGAUAUUUUUAGGUUUUACUCCACAGUCCUCAGCAACACUUUCUCUGUGGAUAUAUAUAGUCCAAAGACUUUCUGUCUAAUUGCACAAUUCUCUGACGCUGGUGGUAGAUGUUCUUCCAGAACCUUAAGACCACAACAAAGACAUUAAGACAAUGACAUUGACGUAAAUAAUCACAGAUCAAGCAGAGGUUUUAAAAGACAUCUUUUAAUUUAUUCAAAUGAUUCAAGAUUUAAGGAAAUUUCUGCUUUAAACCAAUGAUUUCUAUAGUAGCAAUUCCUCUCAUGUUAUAUUUACAAACACAUGUGUCAUAUAUAUAUUUAUAUUGUAUUAACAUUAACUGUAAAAACUCAACUCUGCCCAACAUCUGGAUAUUCAAAAGCUUAAGCAAAUAGUUACCCUGAGACAAGUCAACAAAUAUAACAAGGACUUUCCUUUGAACUAACCCAAGUCUCUACACUUCAACAACCACAGUAGUGGGGCAUUUCUUUUUUUUUUUUUCAGGAUGUGGCUAGUUUGAGUUAUUUACAUUUAUCUCAAACUAAAAGGAGCCCUGAAGCUUCACAGUGUUUCAGGGUCAUGAACUGGGCAACCUAUGUGAUCCUGGUACAGGAAUUUAUUGCCCGACUCCUCUAAAAUUUUUCUCCUUCAUAUGCAGCAAAUAACUGCUAACUCAUCUCUCUCCCAGCAUCCCAGGGCUACAGAGUUCUCACUAAGUUGAGCCUCAUAGCACCAAACAGUAGAGGGGUUCAGUGAAGAGGUUUUUAGUCUUCUUAUAGUUUUCUUCUUUCUUUUUAAAUAAAUACUAAACUUUAAAUAACUUAACUCUCUGCUUUCCUCUCUGUGCAUAGUUAAAUGUAAUUAUAUACAAUACAUACAACAGCAACAAUUGCUUUUUCUAGCUUUACAAGACUAAAAUGUUGGUCGGGAAGAAAACCGCCUGAAUAGAUCGCAGUGAUCAGGUUAAAGAUCACAGAGUAAAACGUUCAGUGCUAGGAUCAUCUGAGCUCAGAUAGCACUCUUCAUCGUAGGAGCACUGAGACCCUCUGAUGGCAUCAAUAAAGGGAAUAAGAUGGUGGGCUGGUGCUUUCUAGUCACUUUGGUUUUAGAUUUGUUCAUUAUCAAGUUACAUAAUAUUUCUCACUCAAUCGCCUUUUUCUUACUAAUCUAGCAGUUGUGUCCUCUUUAAAAUUACUCCAAACUGUUAUUUUUGGUCAAUGUAGUUAGUCUGUCUCCAUCAUUAUAUGUAUAUAUUUACAAGACAAGCUGUGAACCAAAGUUAUGAUGUUUAAAAUACAUCAUCACAUCCUCGAUAUUUUACUGAACCUUGCCUCAGAAACAGCCGAUCUCUAGACCAUGAGACUCUUUAUAAGAGAGGGACUGUACAUCUAUCUCAACAUAGAUGCUGUUGCUCACCUCUCUCCAUUCAUCCUUUACAACAAUAAUAAUGUGCAUCUGACCAAGAAAACAAAUUAUUGAGUGUUGUUGCUUAUAAAUUAUCUUUUACAUGUGGCUUCUCACAGCAAUAUACAUGUGCCUGAUUUCUUUUCAUCAUCAGGAUCCCCGCCACCCUCUUUCCUGUUGGGAUCAUUGAGCUCAUCAAACAGUCCAGUGUCAACCAUUUCCUGCUGCCACUGAAUGGGCACGGCCCCUGUGCUAAACUCCUUGAAGAAUUUAUCGUCCUUGGCGUCAAACUCAAUGCCUUUGAUCUCAGAGAACUCAGCGAUAUCGCCAGUGUCCUUUGCGUAGACAACGUUGGGCUUGGGUACCCAGGGAGGAGCCACCAGCCCGGCCUCGAGACGGGGGAAGUUGAUGGUCUUAAACCACACGUGCUUCCUGGGGUCUUCCAUGUUGUUCCUGUGGAGAAGGCAAGUGUUAAUGAUUGAAUUCUACAAUGUCAGUCGAUGUCAAUGUCGGCACUGGUUUACGCAACAGUUUGCUUUCAGUCAAGGUGAAAUUGUCCCUGUUGUGUGUAGCCAAUACUAAACAGUUUAAUUGACAAGCUUUUUCACUUUCACUGUAUCCAUUACAAUAGUGCCAGUGAUAUAAAUCAAACAUUUACAAUUCCCAAGAAAUGUGAGGGACUAAAUUCUAUGAUAAUUUCUAAAAAUGUAUCUUGAAAGUUUAAAUAAGCCCAGAUUCAUGAUAUUUUCCAGUUUAAACACAUAGAGGAACUCUUACUUCAUGCCCAGACGCUCUUCAAUUUUCUUCUUGAGGAACUGCUGGAUGAUGUCUUUGGUUGGGGCAUCAAAACCCUUGUGCUCCCACUUGGGCUCCUCGUUGAGAAUGCGGCGCUGUACCUCCUCCUUCUCCACUUUCUCCUUCUUGCUGUCAGGGCCUUUGAAGGGUGUGUAGCCGGCCACCAUCUCAUAGAUACUGCAGCCCAGGGCCCACCAGUCCACUGAUGUCCUGUAGGGGGUUUUGCUUAGAAGCUCAGGGGCCAUGUAUGCUCCUGUACCAGCCUGGAGAGAGAGAGAAGCGGAGGAAGGGAUUUUAAUAUAAAAACCUAAAAGGAAUCGUGUCUUUGACGUGUUGAGAAACAUGUAGAUCACUCUCUUUUUACCACCAGCUCUUCAGAUGGAAUUACUGACUUUACAUUCAUAAGGAAAUGUACAGAUUUAUUAGUUUUAAUCAGAAGUGACAGAAAACAUAAAGUUGGUUUUGUGGGGGGACAGAUGGCUUAAGUAUAACUUGAAGGUCAGUAACCUAGGCUACUUAAAGCUUCACUCCAGCCUUUAGCGUGUUCCCUUAUUGUCUGUCUGUGUAACUUUCACCUUUCCCUCCCUUGCUCACUCUCUCCCUGCUCCUUACCCUCUUUGACCUAAACUGCAGCCUCAGACCAGCAGCUUAAUCCUAAUGCUAAGCCUACUACCUGUCAAGAGUCAUGUAUGUCUACACACUGACAGAGUUGUCCCGGCUCUUAUAUAAAGGCUGGACAUUUCUGGAAGCUUGUGUCACCAGCACAGAUACGUAACAUCCGGACUACACGCAGUCAUGCCUGUAAUGUAUUAUCACUGUACAUGCAGUGCAAACUAGCAUUGAGCUGAGCUUCUGCAGGAACAGAUUUUUUUUUUGCAUAUUUCACUCAAAGUUCUAUGAAAGAUCUGUAUUUUAUAAGCGUACUACAACUUUUAUGGCUGUUUAAGCCAUAAAAGUGUUUGAAAACAAGCAAUGCAUACUAUUUUCUGUUCGAUUGAAAGAUUGUAAUCACUGAACCCUUGUUUGGUGUUACGUUGUUGUUACCUUUAGUGACAACACUUGCCCACAUGACCCUGGAAAUUUAUGCAGGUUUGCAUGCAAUAGUUAUUAUUCAGUCCAAUGUUACCUCACAAGCAAAUCCAUAGAUUUCUAUCAUCUGCAAUUUUGACCUCCUCUUGGGACUUUUUGCAGCUACAUUUUGUUCAACUGCAAUUUGUGUAUCUGUUGGUAAUAGGUUUAACCUCACAGGUAAAGCACCUGCACACUCUGGUCUGUCACAGCAGCCAAACUCUGUUAUGUAGAAUCCCACAGGUACAAAAUUAUCACCUAAAUUAAUCUAAUCUUGGUUCAAACAAGGAGCAGAUCUCAUUUGUCAACCCAGUUUAAGUCACCUUGUUUGCAAACUAACAUGUCUGAAUAUAUUCAACAUAGGUUUUUACCUGAAUCUGUCAAUCUAAUCAGGGACAGACUUGUGUAAUGCCACUAAGAGGAUUAGAGGACCAAAGCCAGCCUUGCCUGUAGGAGGUUAGCCCAGUCAUUUUGGCUGACUGAAGAGCAUCAGAGUACUGGAUAAUGAGCUUACUGGACUUUCAUGGAACUGAGAGCUUACUCUUUGCUACUGCAAGCAAGUCUCAAAGAAGGGAACCCUUCUUCAGUUCUUAGUUUUGUAAUUUUGUGUCAUACAUAGGUAAUACACUUUGGGUAAUUUAAGACAAAAAGUGGAAAUGAAUAUUAAAAUAUGCUGUUUUAUACACUGGUUCACUUACAUAUCUGUGGUUUUACAAUUUUCAGCUCAUGUUCUGCAUGUAUAAAACAUUUUUGCCAGCACUGAACACAUUUUUCAGAGCUUAAUGAUUAACCUAACAGACCAUUAUGAUCAAUUAAUAUCAUAUAUAUCAUAAUAUAAAUAAGUAUGAUAACAAGCUGAACCUAUUGAUGACAUGGUUACUCAAGUCCAGAACAAGAACAGCAGUGAACAGGCUUCAUAGUGUGCCAUAGGAAGUAACUGCAGCAUAGGAAAGGGAACUCUCCUCAGGUAACGCCUUUGCAGAAAUAGCCACAUCUCUACAGCCGUGUUGCUGGGGGACACUUUAUUUUAAUUCUCUGCAGCCAUUGAUUUACAGGGUAGUGGAACUCCAUGUCUCUGACAUAGUCCUUUACAAAACGGUGGCCUAUUAUUGGCCAUGCUAUAAUCUGUCACUAAAGGAUCAAUUGAGUUACAUAAUGGAUUCAAAGUCGUUCAUUGCACAGAUCUUUAAGUGGUAAUCCCUGUCCGGAUUUAAAGCAAAAACCCCACCAAGACUGACUGCUUGUACAAUAGCAUGAGCUCAGGUCCUCCUCUUUAGAUAAGUGAACUAGAAAGUAAAGAUGUAGACCAGACUAGAUCACCU